UCAUGAAGAAUUGCAUUAUUUGUGUAUCCUGUAUCCUUUGGAUAUCAUAUAAAGCACGAAUCUCUAAUCCCGUACCUUUCUACCAGUCUUACAACGCACGCUAAAUACACUCGCCAAGUUCCAAACACAGAUCUCAGCGUACUAUCUCCUACCAUGUCUCUUAGGCUCAAGGCGGAUUCUUUCCGCAUGAAGAUAAAGAACGUAAGGCACAAGCUCUCUUCCAGUCCCAGCGAAGCCAAGUCUAUUGGAAUCCAACCCAAUGGGGUCCAAACCAACGAAAUCCCAUCCCAGCGCUUUUCUUUCCAAACGCCGUGCAGUUCACCCAGCGCGGGCUUGGGUAACCUCCAUAUCAACAGCGCGGAGAAACAAGAUCAUCGUCCUUCCCUUCGCGGAGGCAAGGUCAAGGAAUCUGGGUCUGGCACGGCUUAUUACCCAAACCAGGGCUUCAAGAGAAAGGACAGAGAAGACAGCCCAGCCCACUCGGGUGCUAGAAAUACUCGUCCCACGAGCGACAUUUCUAAUGACCGUGCCAAGAAGAUCCCUAAGAUCACCCCUUGGCAAGAAACCCUCUUAAAAGAUUCCAAUUGUGAGCUCCUUGAAGAGGAUAAUGAACAAGCUGUCCGCUUGAACAAAGAGAUGCUUGAAAACUUAGAGAGCCUAUGGUCCGCGAAGAACGAUGAUCUGUAUGAACCUGAAGACGAGCGACCAGAUCAACCAAGAACCUGGUCCGGUAUUAAAUCCACGUUUGCGGAUCGUGACUCCGAUAGCGACUUAAGCUACUACACAGACAAGAAUCCUAUCGAGGACCACAAAUUCAAGGAAUGGUCAGAUUAUGACCUCGACCUUCAACGUAAGGUCAUCGAAAAGUACAACAAAGGAGACAGACUCUGGACCAAGAGAGGACUUCGUAUUCUCGAGGACGAGAUUAAAGGGGGAAACUCUUCCAUCGGUAUACCUGCGUAUGCUGGAGACGGUGAAUUCGUCGCGAAAGAGGAUGACUUAUCAGAUCACAAGAUCGUAGCGGAAUUCCAUGGCUACCAGGCCCUAGCAUGCCCACCUGCCACCCGACCCGACAACAUGCCGUACAGGUCCAUGUCACUCAAAACCAUCAAGUACGACCAUGAGGAUAAUAUGGCCGAAAGUGACCGUUAUGUCUGGCGCAAUUGCUACAAAAGGGUAUGGAGGAGUAACCCGAUAGCCUUCCAACUGUACUCGAUGUUCAUGCGGCUGCCUCUACCGCCCAUCGACAAGAUUAUAUGCUUCGACUUCGGCCCCAUCGCCCUCAGAUGUGACGAGCCAGGGUGUAUGACGUCGAGGGGCAUCUACCGCCACCUGGCAGCUCUGACGUUAUUGGAGUGCCUGCGCAAGCGCUUCGGUAACUCCGUACGUCUGCUCGCGCAAGACCCCAAGUACCAUCCAGACUGCGUCCGGAUGCUGCCCGAGAACGGGUUCGAGAUCGUGGGUAUGCACGGCGCCGCCGGCCUCGCCGAGAUCGAUGACCGCACCUUGGUCUUCGCCCCCAACCCGUCAUUCUGUCUGAAGGAGAUCGUGGCCGAUAUCGCGCAGCCCGCGGCCAUGUUCUGGAACACGGUGCUGACGCCUGAGGAGGCGGAUCUCAAAACUAGGUCCAAGACCGCGGAAUGUCUGAACGAUAACAUAUUAUCUUGUUACUUCCAGUACGUCUAUUUUCUCUUUCAUCCCGUAUUCCAAUUUUCUGGGUACACUUGGUCCAAUUUUUGUAUUCCCUACCUUAUAUCCCCGGUAGACAAACCCGACUUCCCCCAAACCAUCCCUAAACCACGAAAUCUGACGCCGAUGUCAACGCUAACCUGUCAAACAGCACACCCCUAGCAGACCCCGACUCGCCGCGCGUGCGAGAACUCGUUCGAAAUUACGACAAGCACCUGUUCCCGCUGAACAACCUCUUCGGCGAUUGCGCACUGUACACGCGCUCCAGCGCUAGCGUCCCAAGGCCCGAGGAGAGCAAAGAGCCACUGUCUAAAGUGCCCGCGUCUAAGCUGCCCGCGUCGAAGAAGCCGUCGACUUCCGCUACUGCCGUUGUCGAUUUCGGUGCUCCCGUCGAUGCCAAGAAGCUGAACAAGUCCUGGAGAUUCUAGGAGGACGAGGGCGAGGAGGUCGUGCUGCCUAAACACAACGGCAUCGGCAUAUUUCAGCCGCCUCCGGAGUGGGGACGGACGCCGGUGAGCAGGGAAGAGAAAGAAGAAAAGAAAGUGAAAGUGGAAGUGAAAGAGGAAAGGGAAGCGGAGGAGGGUUUGGAGAAUUGUUAUCGUGGGAUGGGGUAUAGCUUCUAGUCUAGUCUCCGCCCUUUAAGAGGGCGUUGAGUUCGGAUUGGGGAGUUUGGCGUUAGAAUGCAUGGGCUACGUUAGCCAUCGAGGCUUACAUCAAUUAGUUGGUCUAGGCGUAUAAAUACCUAGGCGUAAGGAUUCGGCUUUGCAGUCGUUAAAGCCUGUUGUCCGUAGACUGGAGGAGUUGGUCAAUUAGAGAAUAAACGAAGAUCCCACUCCCACCCUCCUAUGAAAUUUAGCAAAUGAAUCGAAGCACUAGAAUUGUA